AUGUCACUUAUUAUAAGAUCUGUGGAUUAUUUAACAACUCCAAAAGUUGAAGAACACUUUUUAGGUUUCUUAAAAGUGGAAGAAACCACUGGACUAGGAAUUUUUGAGGAGCUGAAAAACCUUUUGGAGAAGCUUAAGAUUGAUUUUAAUGAUAUCAUAGGACAAGGGUACGAUAACGGAUCUAAUAUGAAGAGGAAAAACAAAGGGGUGCAAAACAGGCUACUCAAGGAAAAUCCAAGGGAAUUUUAUAUGUCGUGUGCAUGUCAUAGUCUUAAUCUUAUGCUUCUGGAUAUGGAUAAAUCAUGUCCUAAAGAAGAAUCAUUUUUCAGUGUUAUGCAGCGGAUAUACAAGUUGUUUUCAAAAUCUACAAAACGUUGGCAAGUAUUUAAAAAACAUGUGACUGGUUUCACUGUUAAGCCGUUAUCGGAUACUCGAUGGGAAAGUCAUAUAGAGAGUGUUAAAGAAAUACGAUUCCAACUUCCUAAAAUACGGGAUGCUUUGCUAGAGUUGUCGGAAUCUAUUGAAUUUAGUGCGAAAAUAAGGGGAGAAGCUGAUUCGUCAUUGACACGCGAGAUCGAUAAUUUUGAAUUUAUAUUUGGCAUGGUAGUUUGGCAUCAUUUUCUGCUUGCAGUCAACUCCGUCAGCAAAUUUUCACAAAAAGAGGAUAUGCAUCUUGAUAUUGCCAUGGACCGAGUAAAUGAUCUACUUUCUUUUUUUGUAAAGUGCAGGGAUACUGGAUUCGAAGAGUUAUUGGAAGAAGCUACUGAGUUGGCAGCAACAAUUGGUAUAGAACCUAGUUUCUAUGAGCCACGAAUCAUUCGAAAGAGAAAACAUUUUGAUGACAUUAUGACCGAAGAAGAAGCACCAUUAUCAGGUAAGCGAUCUUUUGAAGUUAACUAUUUUAAUUAUAUAGUAGACCAAGCUAGAUCCUCACUGGCUAGUAGGUUUGAACAAUUUCAUGAGUUCAAUGAAGUUUUUGGGUUCUUAUUUCAAGUAAAGAAGUUACACUCUCUUGAUGAUAGCACUUUAAAGGCGUGUUGUAUCAAGCUUCAAAAUUACCUAAAGCAUGGCAUGAGUUCCGAUAUUGAUGGACAUGACUUGUAUGCUGAACUGAAAGUUCUAAAAAGUUAUUUGCCGGAAGAGACUGAAAGGGCAAUUGAAGUGUUGAAUUUUUUGAAAGAUAUGGAAGGUUGCUACCCGAAUGCAUAA